UAUUUAAUUGUCAACAACCAUUCAGUAUAAGUACAUAGGUAGAUACCCAAAUUAAUAAUGAUAAAUAUAUUUUUUUUAGUUCAUUCUGUUUUAAUACAAUAUUGUAAAAUUCAACAUAGCAUGGUUUAACUAAAAUAAUAUGGAUGUAAACAAUAUACAUAUUAUAUUUGAUAAUCCUACUGCAGUUUUUUUCCCUGGUGAAAUAAUUACUGGCCGAGUUCUACUUAUUGUUAGUAAUUUCAUUAAAAUAAAAAAAGUAAAAUUAAAAUUUAAAGGAGAAGGUAAUGUGUUGUGGAGAGAACAUAAUGCUAUGUCCAGAAGAAAUAGUAGGAAUGGAUUAAGAAAGCAUAGCCUUACACAUAAUAAGACUAAAACUGAAAGAUAUACUGCAAAAGAAGAAUAUUUUAAUCACAAAAUAUUAUUAGCUGGUGGGGAACGAAAACUACAUUUAAAAGAGGGUGAACAUGUUUAUCCAUUUAGUGUUUCCUUGCCAGAUAACUUACCAUCAACAUUUGAAGAAGAGUAUGGACGUAUACAAUAUACAGCCAAAGUAGUAAUUAAUAUACCUUGGGAUAUUAAAAAAGGUAAAGAAAUUGCAUUUGAAGUUAUUUCUGGCUUAAAUUUGAAUGAUGAACCAUCCUUAGCUGAACCUAAAAUACUAGAAAGAGAGAAGUUUUACUGUUGUUGUUGUUGUAAGUCUGGACCAAUGACAAUGAUUGUCUAUGUACCUUAUACUGGUUUUGUUCCUGAACAAUCUAUACCGGUUACAGUUGAACUGGAUAACAAUAGCAAUGUGGAUGUAGAUUCUAUAAAAAUAAAACUGGAAAGAGUACUGAAAUUUAAAGCACGGUUUCCAAGUAGUAAAAUAAAGUCUAAACUAUUUACAAUUGUCAAUGUAUGUAUAGAUGGUGUUGAAAAACACACUUCAAAAACUCGCGUGGAACAAAUUAAAAUUCCAAAUAAUUUGACGAUACCAAAUUUAAAACAUUGUGGUAUUAUAACUGAUACAUAUACUCUAAAUGUUGAGGCCUGCGUCAAUGGCGGAUACAUAAAUGAAGUAAUUUCUGUUAAUAUAAAAUUGGGUAAUACACCAUUGACAAUAGCAACCCAUCCUCAUCAAUUUGAUUAUUCUUUUCAAUCGUUGAACCAAAGUUAUUUUUCCCGCGAACAAAUUCCAGAAAAUCCUCAUCCAUCAGUAGGGCUUACUAAGCCAAUUUCAGUUCCUGGAUAUGCUCAACUAGUAAUUCAAAGUAACUAAUUAUACUCAGUUCCACAUUAUAAUCAAGAAAAUUGGAUGAUUCUCGCACAAAACAGUUCACUGUAUAUUAAAUUAUCUACAUACUCGGAUCCAAAAACACCAUUUCAAUCUUUGGGUUCAGAAAUAGCAGCUGAUAUACAAAAUAGAAUCUAUCACUACAUUAUUGUUUAGUUACAUCUACUUGUUGAUUAAUUACUAUUUAUCUGCUUCCAUAAAAAAUAUCAAAUCAUUAGAUUCAUAGAACCAAUUUUCUCAACUACCACUGUAUGCUAUUCUACUAUCAGAUUAUCUAACUACCUAUUAAAUUAAAAUCAACUUUGCUAUACUUAUAAGUUAUAACUCAAUUAAAACAACUUACACAUAGAAUGCAGUAUUCAUAUUAAAUAUAUGAACUACAAAUAAAAGUAAAGAAUUUUAAAUUAAAGUUUAGAUACUAUAAUCAUCCAUUAUAGAUAAUAUAGUUUAAUUAUUUAUAAACAGUUUUAUAAGUCAAAAUUGACAUAAAAUAGCAUAUUGAUAUGUGAAUUACACAUUUUAUACUUACAUAUUAAUGGUUUUUUUACAAAAUUGAAUGUAUAGAACAUUGAUACUUUUUCUAUUUGUGAUGGCUAAUGAUAAGAGUUCA